AGGUUGCCAUAUUUGGUCGAUAUACACACGCCACCGGCUAGCUACACUGCGGUACUGCGCACUACAAUGCAGCAACGUUGCAGGAACACUGAAGUAUGGUACAAUACGACGCAUGCUAAACCAUCGAGCGAGGCCAGAAUGUAGUGACAAUGCUUGACAUAGUACUCGUCGGCCUCUCAGUCAUGACCACAGUUUCAGAAUGCUACCUGGAUUUGGCAAUCCGAGAGUUUGCACACAUAACGACGCGGCGUUCCGUCGGGUCCCGAGAUCGUGGUCCUUAUCAAGAGACAACUCAAGGACACACCGAGUCCGAGUCGGAUUCAAAGAGCAUCAUCUGUGGAGAUUGGGAAUCAUCUCCGGAGCUCUCAGGUCGUGCAAUGCUGCCGCCAAUUUUCGAGGGCAAAGUCAUUCUCAUCACGGGGGCGGGAAGUGGUAUUGGGCGGGCUACGGCCAUUAAACUCGCGAAGCUCGGAGCCCGCCUUGCCAUCACAGACAUCGAUCUCGGCGGUGCAGUGGACACCUACCAUCUCUGUGGAGGCAAACCGCAUUACACCGGUGUCAUGGACGUCAGCUCGAAGGUAGACGUCGAGCGCCGUAUAGCCGAGAUAGUUUCUGGCCUUGGCCGUCUGGACCAUGUGUUCAACUGCGCCGGCAUCAACCCCACGAGCAUCCCUCUCACGGAGACGACAGACGAGUACUGGGACAAGCUCGUCAACGUGAAUCUGAAGGGGAUCUACCUCGUCACGCGCGCUACGAUCCCGCACCUCACGACGCCUGGCGGAUCGUACGUGAACGUGUCCUCGAUCUGUGGACUCCAUCCGCAAGCAGAACAGGCUAUCUACACCACCGGGUGGCACGCACGUCAGAUUUUUGUCAAGUCGGCGAUAAGAUCACGCCCUCAUGCCAGCGUCACGUUGAGGUCGGCCAGGAUAUCAGGGGAAUAUGUUGCCGACAGUAGUCCCAUCGAUGUCCGCACCUGGAUGAUGAAAGCAUAUGGGUGAUAAUGUAGAUGCGAUGUCGGGUGGACCUCGAGACAAUGUUCCUUGCUGACAUCAGCAGCCAGUGAUGCUACCGUUUUCAGCCCGCGCAUAUAUUUCGAAUAUUUCAGAAUAAUAAUAUCAAUC